UAUAAGUUAUCAGCGGUAAACAGUACACGAUGAAAACAUUUGUUUGUCGACUGUAAAAAAUAUUUAUUUGAUGUUGCAAAACUACGAUACUGUUAAUAGAUCACUGAAAAAGCGCACAUAGAAAAAUAUGUAUUUAUUAAUGUACUUGAUGGCCGAAUCAUUUUAAAUAUAUAGCAAAAUGUCAAGAGAUAUCGAUCAAGAAGUGUCGGACACUUUAUGCACUCUGUUGAGUUUUGAUGAGGAUAAUUUUCUCAGCCAGGAAGAGGUAGAAGAAAAUUUGCGGAACUGCCCUAAUAUUGAAAAUGACACUAUGGAAAAAAUUUAUGCAGAUUAUAAUAGUGGUAACGCCACAAGUUCCAGAAAUAACGAUACUAAUUAUGCUGAUAUGGAUGUGUCGGAACAUCUCAGCCAGGGGGAAAAUGGAGAAGUUGGGAAACUCCCCAAUGUACCAAAUGACGAAGUCAAUCAGUCCAGCAGUAGUCAUAAUAUUUAUCCUUCUAAUGGUAAUGAAUUGAAUGCGGAAAAAGAAUUAGAUAAAAUAAAUGCAGAUCAUUCAGAGGAUACGGUGAACAAUGUAUUUAAGCAGCCCGACGAAAUUAAAAUGGAGUUUAUUUGCGAGUCGGAGCAGAUUACUGUGGAACAAUUGCAUCUAGCACACAAGCCGACUGCAGAAGAAGCGAUCAAUAUAAAACAGCCCAAUAAUUUAAAAAUGGAAAUUGCUUGUGAGUCCGAAGAGAUAACUGAUCCACAUAUUGAGAGCGAAUAUUGUAUUGAGGAUCCAUGUAAGAAGGAUAUACAUUUUCAUGGUGGAUUAACACAGGUAGAAAUAAUGUUGUCUUCUGAUAAAAUUGAAGAUAACAUCAUUGAAAACGAACUACUCGAUAACAUACUCUUGAACCAGGAUUCUUCUCUCUCCUUUCCCAAAGAAUGUGUCGUGAAUGCUGAUGACGAUUGUGAACUCUCGUCUAUAAUGAACGACCAUAAUUACACUUCUCAAGAGCACACGACUAAUUCAGAAAAUUUGCAUAAACUUUUGGUUAAUCAUAUUUUAAGAAAAGGUAGUAGAACGAUCUCCGUAAAAUAUGUAAAUGACUUCGUAGAUAGAACGUUGGAAAGCAUCAACACAUUUACUACGGAAAGUGAGGAUCAACUAAAUUCUGAAGACGAACAUCCACAGCAUACAGUAGGGCUGAUAGAUAUUUUUGCAGCCGGAAAGUCUUCAAAAAAAGCUUUGUUUGAUGAGGGGUUGAAAAGUUUAUCCCACCAAUGUUCUUCAGAAAAAGAAAUAAGUAACAAUGAAAACACUGUAAAGAAACAUUCGCCCAAAACAAGUGCUGAAUAUAACGGCACGACAAGCGGGGAAGAAGGAAGUAAUGUAAUAGAAGAUACUGCGAACAAAAUUAGUAAUCUGUCGCCUGGAUUUGAAAAUUUAAAUGAGGGUCCUCAUACAGAUGAAACUGGGGUAAAAUCCCAUAAUACACCAGUAGAGUUUUCUUCGCAAGAAAAAGUUUUGGAUACUUUGGAAUACACAGCGCGUGAUGGAGAGACCGAAGGGGGAGUUGAAAAGAAAAAAAAUGCAAAGGCAGAUACCGAAAAUAUGGAGGUUCCGAAAAAUGGGAAAUCAUCACUUACAGAAUUACCUAAUGUUGAAAUGACUAAAGAAGAUAAUGGUUGCGAAGAGCAAAAUACUAAUGAACCAUAUUCUAGUAACGAAGAAUCUUCAAAGAAGUCAUCAGCAGAGAGCACUGCACUGAAAACUCUAACUUCUAUCUCACAAACUGAAAUAGCAAGUACGUCUGAUAUUAUUGACUUUAAAACCUUUAAUCUAUCUUCAGUACCUUCACCUCAAGAGAAUUGUUCGGAACCCAUGGAGCACACAACAUUUGACGAAGUAUUCGAAAUUAAUUGCAACGAAAAAUCGACUGUUAUUAACCAUUUGGACUCGCUUUUGUCAUUCGCGAAAUCUUUGCAAAACGAUUGCGAGACAUUUACUUCAUCAACUACUACCAUAGAAAAUAGACUCCAAAAAUACAUGCAAGAACAAUUUGAAAUUUUCAAGAAAAUUGUUAUAUCGUGCGCUGCUUUACGCUGUGUAGAUAAAUCGAUCCAGACUGAUAACAAGUUAUCCAAACGUAAACUGCGAAAGCUUAAUCAAAAUAACAAAAAAAUGUUGUUAGACUCAAGUAGUACAAGCGAUUCCAGCAGUUCUGAAAUAUCGACAAAAUCAAAAAUAUCUCGACCUUUUGCAAAAUCAUCUGCGAAUAACACGGUAAUAGAUUCGGCAACACAGAUAUUCAGUGGCAAAAAGACUGAAAGUCUAGCGGCGGAAUAUGAUGAUGGUGUGCCCUUAGUGGAAUAUACGCAAUCUGAAAUAUUCGAAACUGAAACAUUUUGCGAAUCCUUUACUCACAUAAGAAAGCUAAAGAAGAAUGAUAGUCUUAGUGAAGGGGAAGAAAGUGAGGCAGAUACAUGGCACCGCAAAAAAAGUAAUACCCAUUCUCAAACUGAACGCAACGGGUCUCAAAAUGAGAGCGACAAAGAAAAUUCAGUUCACAAAAAUAAAAAUUGCCGAGAUGAGGGUGACAAGGAGAUAGAACGGCUAAUUAAUCUUAAUGGUUUGAUCAAAAGAUCAAAUCUGGGAUCGUCAAAGUCAACUGAAUCAAAUGAGAAAGUUAAAGCGAGGAGUGCCACUAGUAAAAACAAGGAAAUUACCGACGAUUACAUAGAUGACGAUAUACAUCAAGAUAUAAUAUCUGAUGCCAGUAUAAGUGAGAGUGAAGAAGAGAUCAUAACAGAGAAGCAGUUUUUGAAGCGCUGCAAUGAAAAUGUCAAACAGCAAUUGCUAAGCGAUUCGAAUAGCGAAUUUUCACAAUCGGACGCCAGUGACAACAUCGAGGAAAUUCUAUCUAGCAGUGAAGGAAGUAAUUCACCAUUAGUUGACAGAUUUCUAAAAAAGUUUAAUGCCAAUGAAAGUGAUGAAGAAAGUGAAAAAUGUGAUAAAGUGAAUAAUAAAGCAUCCAUACCACAAGAAGUAAUUGAUUUAAAAAAUAGUUCAAUCGAAAAAAAUAAAUCGAAUUCGUCAGAAAAUUCAGAUUGUGAAGUGCUUGACGAUAUGGGCUCUCUAACAAAGCAAAGCAAACCAAAAUCUUUAGAGAAAAUGUUAUCAGUCGUUGAAAAAAGAAAGAAAAUGAGUAGACUUUGUGACUCGAUAAGCCUUAGUUCCGAAAGUGAGUCCUCAGAUGUUGAAGCAGUUGAUGAAACCAAAUCACGCAUUAAACCAAUGCUGCGGCCCGAACAGCUCGCAACCGUGACCCGUGAAGCACAACGAAACGAGAGUGAACGCAUUCGUCGCCUAGAGAGAAAACAUAAGGUGCUAUCAAAGCUCCUGAAAGAGCGACCAGAUGUGCAAGGAGAUUGUAAUUUAAUUUUAGAUUACAAUGAAGAAUCUAAAACCUUUAUUAAAGUUCAUCCGGACAUAGUAAAAUAUUUGAAACAGCAUCAACGCGAUGGUGUUAAGUUUAUGUACGACUCUUGUUACGGAGGUGUGGAGGCGCUUAAAAAAAGCGCUGGUUCUGGUUGUAUUUUAGCGCAUUGCAUGGGUCUGGGAAAAACUUUACAGCUUAUUGCGCUUCUUCACACGGUUAUUUCAUACAAAGAAUUGAAAACAUCGAAAGUUCUUGUGUUAUGUCCUAAAAGUACGGUUAUGAAUUGGGCCGAUGAAAUUGAACGUUGGUUGGGCCCACUAAAACCGAAAUAUUAUACAUUUCAUGACACAUCAGAUAUUAACGACAAGAUACAAAUUCUUAAAGAUUGGUCCUCAUCAACACCUAAUGCAGCCGGAAUAUUAUUAAUAGGCUAUGAGGCUUUUAGAACACUAGUUUUCUAUCAUUCAUAUAAAAAUCGCAGUAUUGCCCCAUCACGACUGGAAAGCAUUCGCAAUGACGUCGACAAAUAUUUGCUAAGCCCAGGUGCUCAUUUAGUGGUUUGUGAUGAAGGUCAUAUUAUUAAAAACAGUAAAUCAGCCAUCAGUCUGGCAGUAUCCCAAAUUAAAACACCGAAAAGGAUUGUGCUAACUGGCACACCAAUACAGAAUAAUUUAAAAGAAUAUUACAGUAUGGUGAAUUUUAUAAAACCAUUAUUUUUGGGAACUGAGAAAGAGUUUGCAAAUCUAUAUGCCAAUCCUAUAAAGAAUGGACAACAUAAGGAUUCAAGUAAAAGGGAUAUCCAAGUAAUGAAACAAAGGUCUUUUGUUUUACACAAAAAACUUUCUAAAUUCGUACAGAGAAAAGAAGCUGAACUCUUAAAAACUUUUCUGCCGCAAAAAUACGAAUACGUACUAUUUGUUCCAAUGACAAAGGUCCAGACUAUUCUUUACGAAUAUAUAAUAAAUAUAAUUUCCAAAAAGGAAGAUCGAGGUAAAGGAUUAAUAACAGAUUACACGUGCUUACGAAAAAUAUGGACUCAUCCUAAAGUAUUGGAAGACGCUUGGAAAAAUGCGACAGCACAAAAGCAUAGAAAAGAUCCUCGUAAAAACCAAACUGUGAAUUCAGACGAUGAUCAGCCGGAUGAUGUGUAUGAUAGUCAGACAGGUGUGAUAUCUGUAACAAACGAUUGGUGGAGAAGCUUACUUACAGAAAAAGACUUGGAAACCAUAUUGCCUAGUAAUAAAUUGCGCACAAUGUUCGAAAUACUUCGAAUGUGUGAAGAAAAAGGGGAAAAAUGUCUAAUAUUCUCCGCCUUUGUAGCGGUGUUAAAUGUGGUGGAAUACUUUUUCAAAAAGAUGAACGAUAAGGACCCGGAUACCUUAAACGAAUUGAAAAUGUCGCAAGGCUAUCAAGUCAAAAACACUUGGAUACUCGGCAAGGACUAUUAUCGGUUGGACGGGAAAACGCCGAAAUUGAUACGUCAUGAAAUGAUUGAACAAUUCAAUUCAAUUUCGAAUAAACGUGCACGUGUUUUUUUGAUAUCUUCAAGAGCAGGCGGACAAGGUAUUAAUUUAACUGGCGCUAACAGAGUUAUAAUACUCGACACGUCAUGGAAUCCAUCCAACGAUCAGCAAAACAUUUUUCGAGUAUUCCGUUUGGGUCAAAAGAAAAAUUGCUAUAUUUACCGACUUCUUGCCAUGGGUACAAUGGAAGAAAAAGUGUAUUCAAGAUCUGUCACUAAGCAAGCAAUGAGUUUCAGAGUUGUCGAUGAACAACAAAUUGAUCGGCAUUAUAGCAUGGCGGAGUUAACUGAAUUAUACAGCCUAACUUUGCCAGAUUAUGAAAAUAGGCCAAUGCCGGAUUGCCCACAGGAUAGUAUUUUAGCGAGUCUAAUACUGAAUUAUCCGCAAUUAGUCUAUAAAUAUCAUGAACAUGACAGCCUUCUAGAGAAUAAAGUAGAACAAGAACUAAGCGAACAAGAAAAGCAGGACGCUUGGGCUGCAUAUGAGCGAGAUCAACAAUUAAAUUCAGAAAUUCGUGAAAUGCCAAAUCCGGAUGACGUACAAAGCAAUCUUUCAGCGCCUAAAUUCCCUUCGUACUUGGGCUCCUCCUUAUCCGCGUUCAAUCAAAUGUCGGCGCUUUUCAAUUACGGAAAUUACCCUCCAUCAGCGCUUUCAUCCUACCUGCCAUAUCUUUCUCAUUUGAGCAACUACUCCACAUCCAAUCAGCAAUAUUUGGAGAUGCGAAAAAGAAUUGCGGAGGGCGCGUUUGGCUAUCCAGAUAUAAGCACAUCCCUAGGCAGUGCAGCAUUUAGCUCACCAUUUGCACAAAAUGCGCCAAAAUCUGUCUCAACCAACCCACUGAUUCCAGAUUUGCCUAUUCACAGCCCGGCACUGCACACGAAUCCACUCAGUGCACUCGGAGAUUUGAGCAUGUAUGGACUAGGUGCCGCCAAUAAUCACUUGGCGCACAAUGUGAAUACGUCUGCAUUGCCACAACGACAACACAACUCACCUACCUACCCAUCACCAGCUGCUUCCACCGCAAACAACAUGCAGGCAAAUUUCGACUAUCAAAUGUAUGAAAACAGUUUGAAAAGCCUUGUUAAUUAUAGGCAUGAUUUUUCCGGAAAUGGAAAUUCGUUAAACAAACCAAAAGUUAGUAAUACACCGGUGAAUGCAUUUAGAAAUCCUCUGUUUUCUCCAUCGGUCAAUAUGGGUUAUGACAAAAACGCGUUAUCGUCUUUAAAUAGCCCAUCACCAAAAGCAGUGGAGCAGCAGCCACCAAAACAGCAUACUGAUAAAACAUCAGCCAAACCUUCGUCAGAUAUAUCUUUACCCUUAAAUGCAAGCACAAGAAACGAUGGGGUCAUGAACAAAAGCAAUUUUUCUGUGGGAAAUUCUGUUGCAGCGCGGAGCUCUCCUCUACCGCAAGUUGCUGCCAAAAGAACAUUUCCGCCCGAUCUGGUUAUGUCAAAUGCAACGAACUUAGUCGAAGAUCGAUUAACACCAAAUUCAAAAACUACAAAAGAUGUUCAACACAGCAGCAUGCCGAAUUUUCAAUCUUAUAAAGGAAAUAGUGCAUCUAGCAGUGGUGGCAUUUAUUCGAACAAAAAUACAACCGGUAAAACGUCUAGUGAUAAUAUAAGCACCAAUUCAGAAAUGCAAAUCAUACCUACUAACAGCCCACCUGGCUCAACGAGCGUCACAAAACAAUUCAGUGAGAUAUCACCAAGUAUUUCAUUAACAGCUGUGAGCAACACAAAUACCAGCACCAGUGUUAACAAAUCUAAUUUUAACCAAUCAAAGAAUCAAGCUAAAAAUGCCUCCAAUAGUAAAAUCGCUACAAGCAAUAACAAUGCGGCUGAAUCAAAUACACCUUCACCAUCUUAUACAGCAAAUAAAUUUUUCGAAAUGAACAAAAAACCAGUGAAUCGCCCCGUUUUAAAACCGACACCUUUAACGACAAAAACUAAACUAGCCUCAACAUCUGAAUCGAUUUUGAAAUCAGCUUCUCCUACUCCUCCACAAAGCUCAUAUCAGCAAAGCGCAAGCGAUCUUGGGCCCAAAUUAUUAUCAGCAGUAGCCGCUAAAAAUAAGAAUAUUGUUCAUAAAAAACCUCAAAAUCUCCCAAUGCAACAAAUAAAAACUAAUACGCAAGGACGUACGCCGUCAACAGUUACCACAGCUAAAACUCAAAAUGGCACGGCAAAGCCAACUGCAUCUAAAACAGUGCCACAGCAAAAUGAUGCAAGAAAACCUGCAAUAUCUAUGGAAAAGAGAUUAUCUCCCAUCAUUACAUCACAAUCUUCUUCCGGCGUUCAAGUGCAAAAAACACCUGCUGGAUCAGGUACAGUUAAAAUACAGCCCAGUUCAGUGAAACAAUCUACAGCUUCAACAAAUGAAAAUAUGCUGACGUAUAUUCUUGAGACGUGCAUUAAUCAGAGAAAGUUUGCCAUAGGUGCUCCCACGAAAAGUGGCGGAGGGACUACUGUGACCAGAGUGCAAGCCCAAGGAAAGAGGAAAGGUUCAGAUAAUAUAUCCAAAGAUAAUGGUUCGAAUGAAUCGAAACGUGCAAAAUAAAGAAUGCGCAACCGAUGUGAAAUUUAGGCUUAGAUUACAUAUUUAUAACUACUAUUAGUAUUUAUUUACUUAGUUUAAAAUCCAAACUUGUGAAUUUAAAUAAAUGUUAAUAUUAAUCAUAAACUACUUUUUAAGUAAAAUGUUGCAUAAUUAAUCAAUUAAACGUAAUGGAUUUUUAUCACACGCAAUUCUUAAGUUUUAUUUUAUUAUCACGCAAUAGUGUUUAAGAGAACUCUCAAAUUAUACUUUUAUGCAAUAGUUAAAUGGAAAACAAUUAGAAACAUUUAUGUACAUAUGUAUGCUCAAAAUAAAUAUAUAAUAAAUAUCUAUACGUAAAUAUUAUAAACUGAA